UCGUCUUCUUCAUUUCUCCAUCCAACAAUGUCCCAGGCAUGAGGAGGGAGAACAAGGUAAGGAGGGGCUUUGCUGGGGGCUCCCUCGGCGGAACUAGAAUGGUACUACGAGGGAGGUCACCGGACGGAGGAGGGCGGAUGGGUCCUGGAGGAGGCUGAUGGCCGAGGUUCUCCCAUGGCGGCGGCAGAGCUGCUUUCGAGGAUGCGGAAGGAGCAGGCGCCAACGACCGAUGCUCUCUUUUGGUGUCAUUCACAGUUUAGCAGGUGGUUAUGUUAAGGUGGAGCAAUUUGAGUGGAGCAGCAAGUGUAUCGCCCUCGUAUUUGCUCAAUCCUUACUAUUCCCAAAAAUGCAGAUGCUCUCUUUUGGUGUUAAUCACAGUUUAGCAGGUGGUUUUGUCAAGGUGGAGCAAUUUGAGUGGAGCAGCGGCUGUAUUUCCCUACUCUAUUCCUGGAGUGGUCUGACCUGCCGCUCAUGUUCCUCGACAGUUCAGUGACGACAACUUCCUUCUCAACAGCAUCACCUGCUGCUCCUCCCGAAGAACAGAACGUCUUGAAGCUGCCGAUUAUUCUGCUUCAUCUUCUGUUGUUAUUUCCUUGGUGACUAACUUCACUACGUCCCGGUCUUCUUCUAUGUCGAUCCUCUGUGUUGCUCCUGAAAUUCGUGUGAAGUAGUAUCAUGUGAUGUUAUUUUGUUCAGUUAUGAGACUUGUGCUUGUUUCCAUACUUUUUUUGAGAAUUUGACAAUGGUAUUACCAAUUUACUUUCAUCCCA